AUGUCUCAGAUCAUGAGGGGCUCCCUGCUCUCCCUGUCAGCAGCCUUGCUUCUUCUCCUGCCCUGGUUCGAUGGUCUGGCAGAAGGUGAGGUUAGUGCGGGCUUCAAGGACUGUCUGCACUUCUUCUACAACAAAGCUCUACCAAGUGGUUUAGAAGCUAACCAGUAUGUCAGCGAUUACCAGCCGAUUUGCCAGCGCUACAAGAAUCAGUAUCACUUCGCCACUCUGUAUAACAAGAAGAAUAAGACCUCUUUGUUCUCCGCCUACAUUCUGAGUCCUUCAGACGAACCACGGCCUAACGACCCCUGGAUGUAUGAACCACAGGUAGGAACCCCUGCAGCAUCCUCAAGGUCCUCUGCAUCACCUGCAGCUUCUGGUCAGCCAGAGGUGGCACACUGCACUGCACCUGCUCCACCUUCAUCAUUCUCUGCAGCCCCAGUAGGAGAUCCUCCAGAUGCGUUUGGUGACCAGCCAGCUGCUCCAUCGCUCCCCAGCUACGACCAGGAUGUGAAGCGAUGGAACUGCUCUCACCAGCAAAGGAUUUGGAUGAAAACAGAGAUGGAAUCCCUGGGUCUGUGGCCUGGCUCUCGACCAGUGAGACAUGUGAUGAACAUGAUUUCUUUGUGGCGUUACCCUCCUCAGCCUGAGCUCAUUGAUUCUAUCCAAAACCUCCCAUCACCUAAAUAUUUUCAUCUCCAUCCAUUUUUUAUCUGGAAACCUGAGCAUACCAUAAUGGAAAGAGUCCGCAACAACUACUCACUUCCAUGUCUGUACAGCUGUACAAACCCCCAUGUUGUGUCAUCAGGAGUUGGCCGGCCCCGUGUUGUCAUUAGUACAACCUGCCAGUAUUACAUCCUGGCCUCACGGCUCAGCUGCAGAGGCUGUAAAAAGUACUGGUUUGCAGAUAAGCCACAGUGGAUCGACAUGCUGCCAGCUCGACUCAAGAACAUCUUUCCUGCCUAUUUGACACACAAGAAAGGCAUAUGUAGGACCGUGAUGGAUGAGCUGCGGCGCUCAGGGAGGUCUCCAAAUGAUAUGGCCAACCAGUUGAAUGAAGCCCUUCAUUUGAAGUAUGAGCGUGCUCACUUGUCUUACCUGUCCUCUGUCAAAAAUGUGCUGGAUGGAGAGAUUGGACUCUAUGGCCAGAAAACCAUCACUGCUUCCCUGAGAGCCACCAACACUGCUGAUCCUUUUGGUGGAUACGGUGAUGCUGAUGGCUGGUUUGGGGUUACAGUCGAGGCUCAUUAUCUGGUGGACUGCCUCAUACAGGAGUACCGGAGACAAGAGGACACCCUCAAUCUGCUCCUUCAAGGCACGUUUGGGCAGGCUUUUAGAGCAGACCACACCCGGAAAGUGGCCCGGAAAGUUGUGCUGGCAUCCGGCACGAUGUCUUCCUAUGCUGUUAUGAACGAAAACUGGAUGAUCCUGUCCUGGGUGAUGCUACAGUCAGAAACGGACAAGUCCCUGGAGCCCAUGUAUGCAGGGUUGUCCAGUAGAUACAUUUCUGCAGGUCAGCCAAAAGCCACACAUCAAUGGGUCGACAGGGAUUGUUGUGCUGCAUUCAGGAUCCCAAACCCUGAACCACAUGAACACCUGCUGUGGGACUCCUGGAAGACAACAGAUGCUGCNACGUCCUGCACCAGUACCUCCAGAGUUGCUUGCUCUCAAAAUACCAUUAAGCAAGACCACACCACCCUUAAGACCAGAGCCUGUUUUGGGUCUCAGGAUUGUUGUGCUGCAUUCAGGAUCCCAAACCCUGAACCACAUGAACACCUGCUGUGGGACUCCUGGAAGACAACAGAUGCUGCAGUAGCUGAGGCAACUUCUGGAAGCCUCACCAACAGCUGUGCUUCUAGAAGGAAGUACAACAGUGAAAUCAGCAUCAAGCUGGACUUGUUUCACUGUAUGCGGCGUUUCUCCAGAGAGUGCACUUCAGAACAUCAUCCGCUGUACAGCACAUUCUGCAAAUUCCUGUCAGCAGCGUUCUGUGUAGUUGACCAGGCAGACCUGCAGAGGCUGCGGCAGGCCUACAUUUUCUGUGGGAUCGAGCCACCAAACCCAACAAAGCAGCACAUUAGAGACCACUGCCGCAACAAGAUCCCAGGUCCUGCAGAGUUGGUGGAGAGAGUGGAAAGUGUUCUGCAGAGAUUUUACUCAGAACGUGAUCCUGAUGGGGUGCCGCUUUUCAAACCCUCCAUGCUGAAAGUGUGGAGAAUUCAAAGGGUUCACAUCCUCCGUGGCUGUUUGAGUGACCCAGAGGUUGGAGAAGGAGUCCUCUACAGACACGGAGGAACCAUACAGUUGAACCACGUUAAGGGGGAGAAAGCGGCAGUACCUGUGUGGAUCCCUGUGAGGGGAACUUCUCAGCAGGAGGGCUUUCAUUUCCACCAGGCCAGGUGGGUCACUGGGACGCAGGUGUCCACUGAGCUCUUCCAGGCACAGGGGAUGAUGGGAAUUACACCAGUGACACCUCUGCUUCCUGCUGCCUCUCCUCGAGCUGCCCGCAAAGGUCCCAUCAAAGCAGGUGGUCUGAUCUUUGUGCUGGACCACUCCCGGUGGACACAGCCCAUGAGGGAUAAGAUUGACCAGCUUCUACAAAAGCACCAUGGGCAGAAAGACUGCCUCGUUAAGGUGGAUGCUGAAUAUGCUGUUUGUGUUCAGGCUUCCCAGAAAGACCCAAACAGCCUUUUGCACCCGACCACCAAACACCAUAUUUCGCGUUACGUGAAGCAUCUAGCCAAGAUGAAAAACACAAAAUCAUCUUUAAACAUCAGCCCAGAGAAGCUUCUAGAGACGCAACAGCUGUGGCAUCAUCUAACAGAAGGUAGUGAGACUGUUAGUGUUCCAGUAGUCACUAUUCCACCUGCAACUGUGAACCCCCCUACCAUUAAGCUCCAGGAUGCUCCACUAACGAAAGCACAAAUUGAGCAAAUGGUGAAGGAGAUUGUGCAACAGCAACAGCAGCAGAAAGAUCAGCAGCCCAUGAAGAAGAGAACUAGGAACUGUCUAGCAUGUGGCCAGCCAAAGUCCCGUUUUCAGGGUGACGGCUCCUCUGUUCAUUUCUUCUAUCAGUCUGCAGAGGUAAAGUAUUUUUACUGCUCACAAAAGGUUUACCAGACCUAUGUGGCAGAGGGCCUGUCUGACCCUCGAAUGUCAUUUUCUGACUUUGCGGACACACCAUUUUUCGCUCGAGAGCUGGAGGCUGCAAAACGACGCGCAGCUGAAGUAAGACGGGUGAUGGAGGAACGGGGAAAAAGGAAGGCCAAGGAGGAGCAGCCUGCUGGGCGUCUGUGCAGGUUCUGCCACAGACCUCUCAAACAAGGCCCAAACAGUUCCCAUGUUCACACUGGGUUCCCUGGUGUGAAUGGGAAGUACAUUUACUGUCCUGCAAAAGUCCUAUCCUUGUACCAGUCCCAGGGAAUGAAAGGGGAAAUGACAUGGGGGGAGUUUUCUCAGUCCUCUUUUUAUGAGGCUGAAAAGGAGAG